AUGCCGCUGCCACUCGUACUCAUCAAUACUCCUAUUGAUCUGGGGAAAAUCAAGCUAGGCAACCUAGUGCCUAACGUCAGCCAGCCUCAUAUCGACGCCUUUGAGCCGAUUGCCCUCCCAGAAGAUGCAAUACAUGUUUCGGAACAGCUAGACUUCCGAACGCGUAUUGAACAAAAGAAAGGAUCGACCUUGGAGGCCACUCUUACUCAGCUUCUUUCGGGGUCUUGGAGCAAUUCCCAAACACACGUGCUCAAUCUUUCGGCGUGCAAAGCCAUGUCUUACGAGGUCAAAAGUCCUCUCGCUUUCUUCAAAGAGAUUAUAUCUCAAGAGCGCACGCGGAUGAGAUUACAAGACGCCAUCGGUGACGGCCACAAAAUGUACGUGAUUACUGCUCUUCGGACUGUGAUCAACGCCGAGGUAUCUCAAUCCAUCUCGACCUCGAAGGCUAUUUCUACAGGGGCUGGUGUCCCAUUAGGCGCCAUCCUAGCAGGGGGUAUUGACCCUACAGGUGGACUGGCAGAUAUUCAAGGUAAUCUGAGAAGAGGGAACAGCGCGCAGCAGACACAGGUAUAUCUAUCUUCAACAGAGCAAGUGUAUGCUGUUGGUUACAGACGCAUCGGAUUCAAGUGGUUUGUUAGCAAGAAUGUCGAUAGGGCGUUCUUGGAUGUUAAGAAUAGGUGGAAGGUCAUGGGAGAGGAAAUCAUGGGGGAUGAAGAUGAAGACGAGGCGGAUAUCAUUGAAGCGGACUUGGAAGAAUCACUGGAGGGCGAUGAUAUGAGCCAAGUUGAGAUGCUAUAUGAUUAA